ACAGAACAACAUAUCUCUCUAACACCAAACCCUUUUACUUUCACCUUAGAAUCAUGGUGGAUAGGGAUUCAAGCGGAGCACACAUGUCAAUAGCAGCUUCUUCCAUGUUUCCUGGCUUUAGGUUCUGUCCCACUGACCAUGAGUUGAUCUCUUAUUACCUCAGAAAAAAAUUGGACGGUGACGAGGACAGUGUUCAGAUUAUUUCCGAGCUUGAACUUUGCACCUUUGAGCCUUGGGAUUUGCCUGAAAAAUCGUUCAUUAAAUCAAACGAUGAGUGGUUUUUUUUCUCGCGACGAGGGAGAAAGUAUCCUAAUGGUUCACAAAAUAAAAGGGCAACUAAACAUGGGUAUUGGAGGGUCACAUGCAAUGAACGACAGAUAAAGUCUGGUCAAAAUGUGAUUGGUACCAAACGCACCUUGGUAUUCCAUGUCGGCCGAGCUCCUAAAGGCCAGAGAACUGAAUGGAUUAUUCAUGAGUACUGCAUCAAUGACAAAUUUCAGGAUUCUUUGGUGGUUUGUCGGCUCAAGAGAAACACAAAAUUCCAUGCGAGUGAUAGUUCUAACAAAGCUUUACGCAAGAGUGGUGGUGGAGUCUCAGAAGGGGUUACAGUUCAAAGGAGCACUUGUGUGCCUAUUCAAGAUCGUUCUAACAAAACUUCAUGCAAGAGUAGUGCUUCACGCAAGAGUAGUUGUGGAGUCUCGGAAGGGAUUACAAUUCAAAGGAGCACUUGUGCGCCUAUUCAAGAUCGUUCUAACAAAGCUUCACGCAAGAGUAGUUCUUCACGCAAGAGUAGUUGUGGAGUUUCGAAAGGGGUUACGGUUCAAAGGAGCACUUGUGUGCUUAUUCAAGAUCGUAUUAACAAAGCUUCACGCAAGAAUUGUUGUGGAGUCUCAGAAGAAGGAGUUACAGUUCAAAGGAGCACUUGUGUGCCUAUUCAAGAUAAAGAGGUUGGAUGUAGUUCCAAGAAGGGUAACAAUAAUAAUAGUUCUCCUUCUACUACUGCCCAAAUUGAAUCCAGUCGUAUAGUUGCCAAUGAAGCCAAUCCCAAAGCUUCUUCCGGUCAUUCUAAGGUGGUGGACGAAGUGGGUUAUUAUGCAGAGAUCAACUUAGUUGAUAUCAUCAACUUAGAUGAAACAGCACUCUGACGGCCAUAGCCCAUAGCCACCACAAGGGACAACAAAUAGAGAAUCACGCGGUUUCUAGAUCAAAGGUUUCAACACAACUUCUUGACCAAUGCUCCAACCAAUCAUCAAACAAAAUCAACACUUUCCUUUCCUGCUAUACGGUUUGCUGCUCUUCACUUUCUUCGUUUGCACUUUACUAGCUCUAAGCUUUUUUCUUAUCGGGAAGUCUCAAACAACUGUAUAAUAUUCUCCAGACCUCUC